GUGAAAUCAACGACAUCUUAUCGACUCGGAAUUUUUCCCAAAUCCUUUCUAGUAUAUCCUUCUGAAAAUUUUUGUGAUACUGUCCAAAAGGGUCCUUUUCUCGUCGGUUGAUCGAAAGUGUUGAAUUCCAAUGAAAAACGAACGUAAUUCGGAAAUUUACUGUGCGGAAACUGUCGAGAAAAAUUCGAAAUUUUCUCACUAUAUGGAAAAUUAUUUGUGGAAAAUAGUUUAGGUGGUGGACUCGGGAGCUGAAUUUGUGCUUUUGGCACAAAAAUGUGACCAGCAAGUCGAAAAGAAAUCGUUUUUCGAAUAAACAUCUCAAAAUUACUGACGAAAAAAAAUUUUUUUUUGGGAAUUUUCACGAAUAUACGCAUUAAGGAUGUGAAAGAGUGAGAUGAGAUAUUCUCUUGAACACACACACAUCCGUCAUAAAGAAGCUGCGCAUCCUUGCUAGAGGAGCCACGCAGAUAUCGACACCGAGCAGCUGUGUACGAACAUUAAAUUCGGAUAUUUCCAUAAGAAUACACACCCAAUAAAAUAUAUAUUUAGUUCAGGCUAAAGGCGGAUCCUGAAGUUUCUGUGAAGUUGAAUAUUAUCUCGAAAGGAUACUUUUUUGUCGCCGAAGUAGAAUUGGUGUUUUUCGAAAACCUGACACGUAACGUGAAGAAAAUUGCAAGGAAAUAAAAUUAUUCGAAUUUCCUGAAUGAUUGUCCGGUACCGUGGCAAGAUCAAAAUUAUAUAAUGAAACGCGGAUAUAAGAGAAGACGAAAGGGGAUAUCGCCGAUAUUUUGUCUCGGCUAACCCAACAGCUUACCCUCGAUCAAAUCAACCUAAAGGAUAUCUAUAUGCACGUGAAAAUAUGGAAUCAAAAAUAAAAUGAAAAUGAUUGCUCGUAACAAUAUUUUAGAUACUUAAAACGUUCAAAAGGAAUUUUUCAAAAUUCAAAUGUGACUUCGGCAGUGAAAAGGAAAUCACCGUGUAAUAAGUGUGAGCAAGAACUGUGCGAGCGUUAAGAGAUAGUCACUCGAAACGCUCUUUUAAAAUAAAUUCCCAAAGCCUAAUUAACUACGAGACACGGUUUUCCUCCAUACUGGAUCAUGUACAUUAUAUUGUUCAUCCAAUUUUUCGUUCAGCUUGUUUUAUGUCAGUACGAAACGACUACACAAUGGCCAUUGGAUUCGUAUGGAAAAACGCAAAGAAUGCAACCUGGAGGAGCUGGACGGCAAAUUUACAGUCACGGGUCCAUGCGACCCGUAUCGACUGCAACAAAUUUGCAACAACCACCUCAUAUAGAUGAUCCUCGUGCGCAUCGGCCCUACUUGCCUCAUGGUAUCCUCACCACUGAACCGUUAAAUCCGGGUGCUCCGCCUCCAGUUGUAACUAGCUUGAGAGUGAUAAGUGGUGCUCGAGCUCCGGGAGGAUUUGCCAAUGCAGGAGGUAUUGGUAUGGGACCUGGAGGUUUAAGUGGAACAGGAACUGGCGGCGUUAGAGGGGAUCUAUAUGGAGUCAGAGAAUUCGGUGAACGCCAUGGCGAUAUCUUAGUGGGUGGACGUAUGAAGGAGCGUUUUCAAGGACCCGUUAAAAUUACCCAUGAGAACGUAUUUAGACCGCAGAACAGUCUUGUAAUUGACGAGUCCCACCUGUUUGUGCCGAAUGAUGAGGGUGGUCAAGAUUGCGAUUUAUAUUGUCAGCCAUGGGAGUGGUUUUGCCCAAUUUCUUGCCUGUGCAUACCGAAGGAUGCGCGGUGCGAUAAAAUUCAACAGUGUGAAAAGGGCGAAGAUGAAGAAGAUUGUAACGGAACCAAUGAGGAUAUUGUAAAUAAGAUAGCUUAUGAAUGUGAGGUUACCGGAACUCAUAUCAUGUGCCCCAAAACAUAUCGAUGCAUUGCUAAAGAAUGGCUUUGCGAUGGAGACGAUGAUUGUGGGGAUUAUUCCGAUGAAACGCAUUGCGGGGCUCGGAAUAAUUGCACUGAAGAUCAAUUCGAGUGUGGAAAUGGAUUUUGUAUACAAAAAUCCUGGGUUUGCGAUGGCGAUAAUGACUGUAAAGACUAUUCAGACGAAGCUAAUUGCUCUAAAAUGGCAUGUACUUCCGAACAUUUUCAAUGUGCUGAUGGUUAUUGCGUUUCAUUAUCCUUCCGCUGUGAUGGAGAAGCCGAUUGUGCUGAUGCAUCAGACGAACUAAACUGCCAAACUCCUAUGGCUAGCUGUCCGGAAGGGGAGUUCAAGUGUAGAGGAGGUCUCGGUGGAGCCGGUGGGCCAGGCGGUAGAUGUGUGCUCCAACGAUUCCGCUGUGAUGGCGAUAACGAUUGUGGAGACUGGAGUGAUGAGGAAGGAUGUCCGAAGAAACCGUCAAGUUGUACUUCGAGUGAAUUUAAAUGCGAAGACGGAUACUGUAUACCGAAGCGCUGGAAAUGUGAUGGUGAACAAGACUGCGAUGGUGGCGAGGACGAAAAAGAGUGUGGAAAUGUUGAAAGUAAUUUACCGAGAACAUGUGGUCCAGAUGAGUACACAUGCCGUAAUGGGCGUUGUAUUUUGAAUACAUGGCUGUGCGAUGGGUACCCUGACUGUUCGCGUGGUGAAGAUGAAGUCAACUGCAAAAUGACCUGUGACGUUGGCCAAUUCCUGUGUCCUGCUAGGAAAAACUCAACUAAUUUAAAGAUUUGCGUACACCAAAAGCAUGUAUGCGAUGGGCACAAUGACUGCCCCAGUGGUGAAGACGAACAAAACUGUCCCAGUCAAAAGCCAUGUCCUCUGCACUCAGCAUGCGAGCACUUGUGUGUUAUAACACCAGAAGGUCACGACGAGUGUAGUUGCCGCGUUGGAUACACUUUGCAUGAAAAUAAGCGCAACUGCACGGACAUCGACGAAUGCCAAUUUCUCACUGCCCCUGUUUGCUCCCAAAAAUGCCACAAUACUUUGGGAAGCUUCACAUGCUCAUGUGAACCUGGCUAUAUCCUCCGACCAGAUCUUCGGUCCUGUAAAGCAUUAGGCGGAGCAGUCCAGCUGAUAAUGGCCAAUCGAGGAGAUAUUCGCCAAGUAACCCUUAGCAAUAAUCGCUAUACAUCGAUUGUAAAAGGACUGCACAAUGCUAUCGCCAUCGAUUAUCAUUUUAAGAAAGGACUUCUGUUCUGGUCUGACGUAUCAACGGAUGUCUUGAAAAUGGUCUACAUGAACGGCACGAGGAUGCGUGAUAUCAUCAAAUGGGGUCUAGAGUCGCCAGGAGGAAUUGCAGUUGAUUGGAUACAUGAUUUACUAUUCUGGACUGAUUCAGGAACAAGAAGGGUUGAAGUAUCUAAUUUUCAAGGAAAUUUGAGAGCAGUGUUAGCCGCGAAUGAUCUGGAUAAGCCGAGGGCAAUAGUAGUCCAUCCAGGGGAGGCUUAUGUUUUCUGGUCCGAUUGGGGUCCAAAUCCGAAAAUUGAAAGGUCAUACAUGGAUGGAUCUGAGAGAACUGCUAUUAUAUCAAAAGGCGUAUUUUGGCCUAAUGGAUUAGCCAUCGACUAUCCUGCUCACAGGAUUUACUGGGCUGACGCUAAACAUCACGUAAUUGAAAGUUCCAACUUUGAUGGGUCGGAGAGAAUGAAGAUUUUAAGCAACCACCUCCCACAUCCUUUCGCCCUAACUAUAUUCGAGGACACUAUGUACUGGACUGACUGGAAUACGAAAAGUGUUUCGGCUGCAAAUAAAAUUACAGGAAAAGGUUUCCGAACAGUUCAUGAAGGCUUACAUUUCCCUAUGGACAUUCAUAGUUACCAUCCGGCCCGACAACCGAAUUUCAAUGAUCGUUGCAUGAAGGACCGACGCGGGUUGAGAGGAGGAUGUUCCCAUUUAUGCUUGCCGAAUAAGAAUUCAAGAAGAUGUGGAUGCCCAAUUGGAUUGACAUUGAAAGAGGAUCAGAAAACAUGUAACAGCGCCCCAGAUCGUUUGCUUCUUGUAGCCCGUCGCAAGGACAUUCGCUUACGUCAAUUAAACUCUAAAGCGUCCAACAGCGAAGUCGAUAUGAUAGUUCCUUUGGAUGGGCUCAAAUCGACAGUGGCAUUAGAUUGGUGCAGCAAAUCUGAUUCAGUAUUUUGGACUGAUGUAGAACGGAGUGCUAUUUAUCGGGCUCACUUGAACGGAAGCAAUCAACAAAGCGUAAUCCACACCAAUCUCCAAUCUCCAGCUGGAUUGGCUUUGGACUGGGUAACAGAAAAGAUUUACUGGACUGACCCUGGAACCAAUCGUAUUGAAGUCGCAACCCUGGACGGCACACUUCGGGCACUAUUAGUAUGGCAGAAUCUAGACAAGCCACGGGAUAUUGUAGUUGAUCCCAUUGACGGUUACAUGUUUUGGUCUGAUUGGGGAACAAGGCCGAUGAUUGAACGAGCAGGCAUGGAUGGAAGUGGCAGGAAGGUCCUUGUGUCAGAGAAUCUACAAUGGCCAAAUGGUUUGGCAAUCGACCAGGAUGAUAAUAAACUCUACUUCGUGGACGCUGGGACGAAAAGCCUGGAAUAUAUUAACUUCGAUGGAACUGGAAGAAAUGCAUUGAUCAAAACCGGAAUAGAGCAUCCGUUUGGUUUGGACUUGAAUGAAAAUAAAGUAUUUUGGACAGAUUGGGACACAAAAAGUGUACAAAUGGCUGACAAACUUACUGGGAAGAAUCGAAGAACUAUCAUUAGCAAUACCAGUGACCUAAUGGAUAUUCGAGUUUUCCACCGUAAUCGUGGGCAUUUUAGAAAUCCAUGUGGGCAAUCUAAAGGUGGUUGCUCCCACAUAUGCCUGCUGAACCCGAGUGGAUACAGUUGCGCAUGUCCUAUUGGUGUGAAACUGACCGCCGAUUCAAAGACUUGCCACGAAGGACCCUCGAGAUACAUCAUCGUUGCACAUCGAUAUGACAUUCGACAAAUUUCAUUGGACAUCGAGCAUUUGAUCGAUGUCGUCCUUCCACUGCCUCCCAUAUCCAAUGCAAUGUCAGUCGAUGUAGAUCUUCAAACUGGAGAAAUUUAUUGGUCAGACAACUAUGAAGAUGUAAUCAUGAGCUCUCGAUCAGACGGGUUGCAUACACGUCAAGUUAAUGCUGAGAGUUUGGACAGUGUUGAUGGAUUGGUUAUCGAUUCAGUUGGAAGAAAGAUCUACUGGACAGACUCUGGCCGGCACACAAUUGAAGUAAGCGACCUCGAUGGGGGAAACCGUUUGGUCUUAGCCUACGAAGAUCUCUACUCUCCGCGAGGAAUCACACUGGACUAUGAUUCAGGAUUCUUAUUCUGGACCGACUGGUUAACUUACCCUAAAAUAGAAAGGUCUCAUAUGGAUGGAGAACAAAGAAUUAAGAUUGUUACCGCUCACCUUGGAUGGCCUAAUGGAAUCUGUUUCGAUGUAGAGCAGAAACGAGUCUAUUGGACAGACGCCCAACUCAAACACAUUGAAUCUUGCGACUAUGAUGGAAACAACAGGAAGAUUAUAAUCUCCGAGCUCCAGCAUCCAUACGGCAUUGCAGUAACAGACAUGGAUGUGUAUUGGACAGACUGGAAAUCAAAAGCGCUUCACAUGGUUAAUAAAAACAACGCAUCGAACACAAAAGUAAUAAAGUCAGACAUUGAGGGAUUGAUGGGCGUUAGAGUUAUUUCGAAAAAUGCAACACUUUCGGAGAAUGCUUGCAAAAUCAACAAUGGAGGCUGUUCCCACCUAUGCCUGCGUCACCCAGACGGUUACAGUUGCAAAUGCCCGACUGGUCUAAGAAUGAAGAAUGGUAGCGACACGAUUUGUGAAGAUAUUCCUGAGAACUACUUGAUAUUCGCACUGCGAUCUGGAAUCGGUCGAAUUUCAAUGGAUACCAAGGAUCUCAUGGAUGUCGUCCUGCCAGUCAAUGGAGUACAUGGCUCCGUUGUUCUUGACUACCACUACAAUCUCUCGCGAUUAUUCUAUGCUGAUGUGAACCUAGAUGUCAUCAAGAGUGUAGACCUAUUAAAUAUGUCUGAUUCAAAAACGAUUGUUGUCAAGGGAUUGCAUACUCCCAACGGAUUGGCUGUUGACUGGAUAGCUAAUAACAUUUAUUGGUCUGAUAGCGCCGCUAAAAUAAUAGAAGUCGCUAGAUUGGAUGGUACCAGCCGAAAGGCAAUUUUGAAAGAGGACCUUAGUGAUCCUCGCUCAUUGAUAUUGUAUCCUAAGAGAGGAUAUAUAUUCUGGUCCGACUGGGGAGACCCUGCUAGAAUUGAAAGAUGUUUAAUGGAUGGAUCAGGGCGAAAACAGAUUGUUCACACCAAUCUUGGUUUCCCUACUGGACUGGCUAUCGAUUUUGAGGCUAGACGACUUUACUGGGCCGAUGCUUUACAAGAUCGGAUUGAAAUGUCUGACUUCGAUGGCGGAAAGAGGAAUUCCAUAAUACCGCGAGCUGAACAUCCAUUCGGUGUGACACUGCUCGAUAAUUACAUCUACUGGACCGACUGGUAUAACAAAUCCAUCUUUCGGGCAUCUAAUUCUGGAAAUCUUAACAUUGAAGAAAUUCGACAUGGUCUCCGCGGAGCAUUAGACAUACGCUCCGUGUCGCCGAACAGGCAACCAUUAGAUUGGAACCCGUGUGCUCACGACAACGGUGCUUGUUCCCACUUGUGUUUCUUCAAAGGCAAAACAUACAGUUGUGGAUGUCCUGAUCAACCUGACGAUAGAGCUUGCAAGCUGGAACCAGCUUAUGUUAUCCCAAUGCGUCCAGAAGAUGGAUCUGAAUAUUUGGAUGAAGGACUUCCAGAUACUUCGAAUGAGGAUAAUUUCGAUUCCAGCUCGACUACUGCCCAAGAACGUAUCAUAAUUGUUGGUAGCGGAAUUGUUAGUGUCCUUUUAAUUGUGGUUGUGAUUGCAAUUAUAGUUUUAGUUUUUAAUUCUAAACGAAAGAAACCCAAACGUGCAUCGAGAGGAUCAAGCCGAUCGAUUCUGACCUUCACUAAUCCAAAUUAUAAUGUCGCGGAUGGAACACCGUUGGAGACGAAAACUACAAUUUGGAAGAGAUUCAAAUAUGAUAAGUGCGGGGAUCGAGUAUAUGAAGAACGAAGUCUCACAGCUGAAACAACAUCAUCGAGUUUAAUGGUCCCCACUCCAUCCCCAAUGCCAUCCCCUUCAGGCAUGGCAUUAUCAACAAUAACAUAAUAUAACAACAUCAAAUGAGCAAGACGCUACCAAUUAUUGUCUUAUAAUAAUAUAAUAACUACAGGUGAAAAAAACUUAGCAAGUACAUUUAGAAAAUGAAAUUCUAUAAAUGUAAAUUGAUAACCAGAAAAAUAAGCGAAAUAACAAAGUAUCCAUUUAUAUUUUUAUUUCUGUAAAAAUUCACAUUUAGCGGACCCUUUUGGCGAAUACCUACAUUCAUUUAGUCCCACUUAUAAUUUUCACAAUAUUUUAAAAGGGUUGUAAACCUACGAUAAAAAAACUAAAUUACUUAAUAAAAUUGUAUAAAGUCCAAUGCAAAAUUGAAAUAAGAGGCACGGUCGUUUACUACUGAUAAAAAUGUGUAUAACACAGAAAAUUCAAAAAAAAAAAAUUAAACAAAAACAAAUUUAUAAAUAUUUCGAAUUAACAAAAUUUACUUUUGAUAUUAGAAAAAAAGUGAAAAAUAAUAGAAAUUCUGAAUUGUUAAAUAUUUUUAUUGUGUUUUCAUUUGAUCUUAUUUUGUAAAUAAAAUGGAAAAAAGUCUCAAACGAAUUCUCAAAAGAUACCGACAGUAAAAAUAGGAUUUUAUUGGGAAAUGUUUAGUUUUAGAUUUAUAUUUAGGAUAUUGAAUUGUUUAUGGAACUUUUGGCUCAAAAAUUUUGGAUUAAGCGAUUAAAAAAUAAUAAUUUCAUAAAAUAUCAGGAAUCGGUUUUGAUAACGACACAAUAAGUAUCUUGUAACGCCAUAGUCAGUAUCUGGUCAAUGAUUACUAUUCAUUUAAUUCUAUCUUCUUUUGCUAGUCCCACUGAAAACUUGAUAGUUGUGAAAAGAGAAAUUAAAUAAAUCGAAACGAAUCUCAGAAAGUAAAUGUGCAGCUAUUACAAUGGAAUUGUAACAUUUCAAUAUUUGACUUUUUAAUAUUUUCUAUUCAUAAUAAUAUAUAGAACGAACUAAGCAUAAACAAUUUAAAGCAAGAUAUAAUCAAAAUUCCGAUCAAUUUUCCUCGUUUUCGUUCUUAAAAGUAGAUCUAAGUUUUGAUCUAAACAAAGAAUUAUUAGAAAGAAUCGAGCACCUAAUGCAGGGGUGAAAAAUAAACUGGAAGUUUUAGCAUGUAUUGUUUUUUCCAUGGUAAAUGAUAGUGUAGUUUAAUUGUUUAAUAAGAUUAAUGAAACUGUACGUAAUUCAUAAGUGAACUAAUAAAUAAUAAGAAAAUUAUAAAUCAAGUGCUACCAACUUUAGCAAUUUAUACCUAUUCCGACAACAUCCAAAGGAAAUGCUGUAAAUAAGGAAUUCAAAAUAGGUAUAAACCAAAAAUAAAAACUAAUUUUCAAAUUAAUUUAUACAUAAUAAUUAGUAUUAUUUUUUAUUUUUGUAAAAUAAAUGAAUUAUGUAUUUUAAUAAGAUCUAGUUUUAACUUUUUACUCUAUGAAAAUUAUAAAUUUAAGGAAAAACACUUCAUAACUUAGAAAACAAUAAGCUUUUUUUUAUCUAGAGAGAAAGGAACGAUAUAUUGAGUAUAAGUGUUUACUGCGAAUCGUUGAAUAUUUUAUUAUAACAUAGUUUGAAUUAAAAUAUUCAACAAUCGCCUGUGGAUUGAGAGUGCCAAAUUAUUAAAUUAAGAUUGCAUGAAAAAUACAAAAUAAUACAAAAUAAUUUGCAUACUAUACUCUUUAUAUAGAAUAAUAUCUAUUGUAAAAAAUAGUAUUGUAUUAACUGUAAUUAUAUUUUUUAAGGCGUGAUAGAGACAAUGAAAAUUAGUUAGUUCAAUUAUUUGGAAUUCAAUGGAUCCAUGAUAUAUUUUUAUUUUAACUUUUUUAUUUAUUCUAUCCGGAUUGCUGCCCUGACCUGAAAUUCACUGUAAAGAAAAUUACACUCGGAAAAUCUAAAGAUUUUAACUAACUUCCUUAAGGUAAUAAUCAAUACCAACAUGAAAAAUAAAAUCGCGAUAAAAACUAAACAGUCAACUGAAAAUAGUCUUACGAACUGUUAGGGCGGCAUUUCUCACAUAUAUACGAAUUUAUAUCUACUCAUUUUGCAAUAAGCAAAGAUACAUAUUUAUAUAUAAUCGGUAUAAAUCCGUUACAAGUUACGGGUAUUAAAAUACUUUUUGUAUGUAUUAUACUUAAUGUUACAGUUUUUUUUAUUUUCUUAUUUAAUUUGUUUUCUACCCAAUAUCCUUUGCGCUGAAAUGUGACUACGAAAAAGGAAGAAAAUUAAGAGUAUGAAAAGCAAUGAUCCCGACGGGAUCUGUGUCAUUCGCAUAUUUGGCAACCUGUUACCAUUUUUUGAUUCCACUUUAGGCAGCUUUCGUAGCAACAUUAGUAUUAAAAGACUUAUUUUGAUACUACUGAACUUCAUCCUACUCAUCUGAAUUACGGUCCAAAUUAAACUGAUUGGCAGACUUUAGGAAGUUUCCUAAAUAAUGUUCUUUUACAUGGGUUUUCCUUGAAAAUUAUUGUAUUCGGACAGGGCUCUGUCACGCACGUUUCUCCUAUCAUACAUAUUACCCCAAUCUACGCGUGUGGCUAUAAUGUUGGUGGAAAAGGGCAGCCUCUGAACAGUCAGACAUUACCAUUGUAAUCGGCGCCCCCUUUUAAUGGAAUAUCCCGGAUCCAUUUCAUCACAUUUAAGAGAUAAGGAUUCCUUUUGCGACGACAUCGAACUUUCUAACUACUUUGGGUGAUUUCUUCAAAUUCUCGAAACAGAAUGCUUACUAUAUGAUCAGGUCCCCUUCAUUACAGAAACCAAAUUAAGGAUUAACUUACUUACUAAUUGCUCGGUUUGCUUCUUUGCUGUAGUGAUAAUGCAAUAACCCACUCAUGUAAAGAAGUAAAUCUUUCUUCUACAGAUGAGCUUCGAACUUUUUGCUUGGCCUUUAAUUCAGUAAAAAGUGUACCUUUUUUCGACAUCUGGAAACUUGUACAGUCUUUUGAGUAAGUAAAGUACGUUACCAGGUGUCAUUUCAUUAGGAUUUCUGUCCACUUAUUUUUUCCUUGGUGCAUUAGUGCUGGCUUAAACAUUUCACUGGCUGAUAGCCAGUGAAAUGUGGUAAAGCCGCAAAUACUUGGGCCUCAGAUUGGUUGCUUUAAUCAGAGGUGAUAACCUCCGGUCAUUUGAGACAGCAUUUCCACCGUCAAUAGAAAACCUAGCGCAGAAAACGGUCCAUCAUGGUGAGCACAUAGCGAUAUCCAUUGACAGAUGGCCCACUGUUUCGAAGUGUGCACUUUGGAAUCGGCGUUCUGGUACCGAAAAUUUACUAUUGACUGAUUAUAUGUGUCGCCCGACUUUGUUGGCUUGGUAUGGUGACAUGUCCAUACCGAAUCCAUGAUGUCCUUUUCGGCUUACGACUAGAUGAAUUUACUUCGAACCAUAUUGCUCGUAGAUUGGCAACUAGUAUGGAAUGCACUAUUUACCAUGUGCUCCCGGUUGUGUAAUACCUAGCGCGAUAUUGCAACACACUGCUGUAGUUGAUUUCUAGAUUCGGCCGGAGCACCAGGUCAACGAUGGAUUUGAAUUCAGGAAGUUCUCCAAUUCUUCGUCUUGUUGUCUACGAUGCUUGCUUCCAUUCUUGAUAGCGGGUCUGCAUCUACAUUUCCCUGGUCUCCUAUUGAAUGUUGAAUGUUCUCGCUGAAAUGCCUUAUGAAUUCUAGCGGUGAGCCUGCCUAGGGCACACUUUUUCCGACCUCUGUGUGAAGCAAUAUACCGAUAGUUUGUCAUCAUUUCGGAUCACGAAAUCUCAUCCUUAAAAAAGGCGUUUAAAUUGCGAUAUAUCCCUAAAAGUUCGUGGUUCCUUCCAUGCUGUUCCACCGCUCAGCCGAUCAUAACUUUUGAAAGCGGAAAUUUAUCGGCUGCCAUUGAAUGACGGCGCCGAUUCUGUGGUCAGUCGGAGAGGUGCUCCUUCUUUGUUUAGUCGCCACACUUCACUUACAUUCCUCGAAUUCUGCCAGUGUUUCCAAGGCCCAUUUAAUCGAGCGUUUGUCGUUCUUCUUCGACUCUCCUUGAAUUUCGUGUACUGGCGCUUACAUUUCGGCUCCACUCUUCACGAACCGGUUUUCGAUUUUCGUGUGCUGCGGAUUGAUCGGACCUCUUUGACAGUGAGGUUACACCCCUACGAGUUGUUCUGUAUCCGAAGUAAUCUAUGGCUAAGAUGUCGUCAAUGAAGUCCUGCCUUUUGAAUACCUGCUCCAUGUAACGCUGGAAAUUCUGAGCAGCGUUUCGGAGUCCGAAUGCCAUCUUCCUUGGCCCCCAGGCUUUGGUGGGUUGUAACUCACGCAAAGGUUUGAAAUUAAAAUAUCAACAAAAACUUUAUUCAAACGAGAAUUCUUUUCAUAAGGACUACUUGUACGGUGCACCGCUCUCUCCAAAUAGUGAGUUUUGGCACUUGGAGCUGCUACACGGGUCCGAGUUUUCUCACCAUUCAAUUAAACAGGGAUUUGGUAAUCCUGUCUUGUCGUCCCAUCGUGCGAUACUGGCUAGAAUACCUCUGUAGAUUUCACUGACGUCCCCAUUUCUGUUGGUUCGUUAACGGUGUGUUGUUUAGGUAGAUGUAGAGCUCUUACUUUUCUUAUACCGCCUUUCUCCAGCCAAUAUCAUGAUGUCGUCGAGCUGCUCCAAAUGGUCACUGCUUUUUGCUGUGCUAACACCGUGUUGCUGUCAUCUUUGUUCUUGAAAUCAGACUUGUCCCAAGAUCCUGUUUUUCGAAUACUGCUUAAUUGCUCUGACAUAGACUGCCCACACUGUGUAUUUCCUCCGCAACAGAUAUUGUAGACUACAUUGGUUUGAUUGAAGGUAAAUAUUAGAUCCUUCAGUCUUGGUCAAAAUCAUCCUAGGUUGUGGCGAGUAUUGACACUUAGGUUGUUAUCCAAUGAUCAUGUACAAUCUCUCAUAUUCUUUCUGACUCUCCUGCGAUAUAGAUGUGAAUGGAAUGUACCCAUGAAACGGGUGGUAUUUCUUGUAGUAUUUGCAGCGAUAUUGGCUAGCAUUUUAUUGUAAAGAGCCUUCAAUCUUUUUUCGGGAAACCAUUUCUUUCCAAUACUGCGGAGACCUCGGUCUGCUUGCGUUAUGAAAUUCGU